CGCCAUCCAAGGUUGGAUACAUCUUUACGGACAGUGCCAUGGAUCGAGUUAUGUACUGUUUUUGUGCGUAUUGUAAUUUGUUGUGGCUGCUGUUCCGGACCGUAUCGGCAGCAUAUGUUCACAUAAAGGCGCAUUCAGUUACGGUCAUUUUGAAUACGAUUUUGGAGGAGACGGACCGAUGCGAUGUUGCACUGGAGAUGCAGAUUCGCGGAACGUUACGUCGAUUACGGGACUGUCCGGUAGUGUUUACGGCGUGGAAUAUCUUCACGAUGAAUGUGGAGUUUAUUGUGUCGAUGUUCGGAAUCCUCGUCACAUAUAUUUUGUUUAUUUAUGAAACAAACCCGAAGGACGGUCGCCAUACACCUGUGCUGUUAAACUCCAGCGCCCGAUUUUCGUAAAGCGGUGGUAUACUUAUUUCACAAAAUCAGUUAA